GCUCCUCCCGCGAGUGCUUCGUCGCUAAGCCUCCGCCCGCGCUCACCGAGCACGGUAUAAAAGAAUAUCCGUGGGGAUUACGAUCCCCAAUCCUCACACCGCCAAACCAGUUGCCAAUCUCGCCAUCUUCACCCCCACCCCCGAAUCGAAUCAGAAGAGACCCGACCAAACCAGGCAGCGGCCGGCGGAGGAACCGAUGGAGGAGGCCUGCGAGAUCGCGCGCCUGCCGGAGGAGCUCCUCUCGGCGGCGCUGGCCCGCACGUCCCCGCGCGACGCCUGCCGGGCCGCGGCGGUCUCCCCGGCCUUCCGCGCCGCGGCCAACUCCGACGCCGUCUGGGCCCGCUUCCUGCCCCCCGGCGGCCUCCCGCCGCUCGCCGACGGGGAGCUGGCGGCUCCCGCCCCACCCUCCUCCAAGAAGGAGCUCUUCCUCCGCCUCUCCGCCGGCCCCGCCCUCCUCCCCGACAGGCUCGUCAGCGUGUGGCUGGACAGGGAGACCGGCGCCAAGUGCUACAUGCUGUCCGCCAGGAACCUGUCCAUCGUGUGGGGCGACACGCCGCAGUACUGGACCUGGAUCCCGCUCGAGGACUCCAGGUUCUCCGAAGGUGCUCAACUCAGGCAUGUUUGCUGGCUCGAGAUCCGUGGGAAGAUACACAGCAACAUGCUUUCCCAGGACACAACCUAUGCCACCUACAUGGUCUUCAAGAAAACUGAUGAUCUCUAUGGGCUGGCAUUUCCGGUCCAGGAGGCAUCGGUCAGCGUUGGAGCAACCAACUUAACCCGCAAGGUUUGCCUCCAACAUAACAAUGAUGAUGACGACGACGACAAUGAUGACGACGACGACUACGAUGACUGCGGGAUGCCCGAGAACUACUGGUCCAUGAGAAGGAAUGGCCUACACAAAGAAAACGUCGCACUCCCUCAGCAAAGGACCGACGGAUGGAUGGAGCUGGAGCUGGGCGAGUUCUUCAACGAGGGGGGUGACGACGGCGAGGUGUCCAUCAGCCUGACGGAGACCAAAGGUGGGAACUGGAAGAGCGGCCUCAUCGUGCAGGGCAUUGAGAUCAGACGUAAGAAAUCAGGCUGAGUGAGGAGCUCCUAGUAGGAUUAAACUUGCCCGGGUCAAAGUAAAUGAACAAGGAAAGCAUAUCUUCUGUAGUGUGUGUUUUUUUAACACUUCUCCUUUUGCUGCUAAAGCAUAUUUGUACAGACGAUGCUAUACUAACUUAUCUAUUUCUCAGCACAAAUCUUUUUCA